GCCUUCCCCGUGACCGUGUAGGGGCCGAGUAGGGCCAAGUUGCCUCAUUUGGCGGCAUCCUCUUUAGACAAGAUGGAAUGAACUCAUGGGCUGUGGACAGCCUCCCUGUGGUUCCCAUGGAAGUCCGGUCACCAGCUCAAGCAGCGCUAGAGUUGAGCAGAGAAGAGGUGCACAACCGACCAGAACGGAGGCACGACACCUCGGAAAGCGGCUUUGCCGAGCUGCUCAGGGACCUGUCCCUGACGCCGCCGCCGGUGUUGGAUUCCCAGCUCUCGGUGCCCUCUGCAUCGAUGCCCGGGAGCCAUCCCUCCCAGCCCUCGGAGCCUCCGCCCUCCGAGCCGCCACUGCCCGCCGGGCCACCCUCACCAGACCUGCACCACUUCUCGCGGCAGCGGUCCUCUGAGGAUCCGGACAGAGCAGGAUCCGAGGACGUGAGGCGACAUAGCCGUCGAAUCUCCUGGGGCGACGGGGGGCUGCCGUUUGACCUGGUGAACAAUGAUUACAUCAAGGCCAUGCAGCACAUGUACUCCAACAAUCUCGGAGGGAGCUGGGCUCUCAAUGCAGACGACAUGCGCAUGCUCAAAGAGCACUCGCAGUAUGUGGACUGGACCAUGGAGAAAAACCUCCAGAGCCUCAAGGACAUCCGGAAAGUGGUGCGAAGCAUCUUCUGGGGCUUUGAGGACAUCCAGUGCCAGGACGAUGCUGAUGCGCCUGCGCCCGUGAUGACUGAAGACCUGCUGAGCCGGCUGAAGCGCCUGGCACAAUACACCGUCGAAGGGAAGGCCUUCACCCUUUUUUACGUUUUUCUCACGCUCUACGCGCUUUUCGGCCCUGACACGCUUCUGGCAGCCGGGCACAGCGGCAUGGACCAGGACAACCUCACCCUCUCCAUUGUCAAUAUCUUUGUGUUCUUAGCCUUCGUGGUGGAGGAAUUGCUGAUGUGUUGGGUGGUCCCUGGCUAUCUUUUUUCCCUGCGCUUCUUUAUGGAUACCUGUGCCACGAUAAGCAUCCUGGGGGAUACAGCCAUCGCCGCAGAGAUCAUCAACACAGACGCCGCGGUGGCCAUGAGGAGCUCCGGUGUCACCCGCGCCAUGCGCGGUGCUGGCCGGUCCACACGCUUUGUAAGCGUCCUGCGCGGGCUACGGGUCUGGCAGAUCCUGAAGCUGCUGCCGCGGCUGCAGCGUCUCACUGAGAGCGGCACGCGGGAGCUGGCGAUGCUGAUGUGGCAUAAGCGCUUGCAGAACGUGAUGGGGUACAUCGACAAAGAGGGGAUGGGAGAGCUCAAUGACGAGGACAUGGAGUUCUUGACAGCAGCUUUGCGGCUGGAAUUCCCAGCUCCGCCUCACGAAGAGGCCGGGUGCAUCAGCCGGCUGGUGGACAAGAUCCAAGAGUCCGGGUCAAGGAGCUCCUGGACGUGGCCCUGGCGCCGGAAGGCGCAGGCGGUGGAGCCGGACCUCAGCCGCUACAGCGCGGAGAUCCACUCCUGCUGGGACACGGACAUGGGGAAGCGCGCUUUCCGGCGCUGCUUAGACGACAUCACUACGAUGAAGGAGUCCUGCACAGUGCUCUACCAGUCCAUGCUGCGGCUGAUCCUGAAGAUUUGCAUCAUUGUCUUGGCUCUGCUGCUGAUGCUGCAGUUCGUGAGCGGCUCGAUGCCCGAGAUGGCGAGACGGCAAGGCCUGGCGCUGCUGGAAUCCAUCGACGAGCAGGUCCCGGAGGCGAUCUUUUGCGAGGUGGUUCGAGACUACUUUGCGAACUCUUUCCAGCGCUGCCACUUGUUGAUGUUGGUCGUGAACCAGAAGGUCUUCUGGAACCACACGUGCGAGUGUUGCGAGGGAGAGUACCACCAGUAUCGGAAUGUCACCGCGGCGCAGGCUGUUGCUCUCAUCGACCAGGCGGUGGAUCUCACAGGCUUGGAAGCGCACGAAGUGCUGCUGGAGCAACGUGCGCUCAGCAGUCUGGACACCUUCAGUGUCUUCGACGUGCACCAGCAGUCGCGCUACGAAGCCGCGGAGAAUAUCAAGUUCACCCUGUCGGUGGUAGCAAUGCUGGCCAUUCUGAUGCUCUACUUCUCCGCUGACAUCAUGCACAUGUCCAGCAACAACUGUUUGCACCCUCUCUGGGAUCUCAUGGAUGACAUGAAUGCCAUGAAGCUCAUCGAGCUCAUCACCGUGAGCACUUCGUUCAGAAAGAUAGAGCAGGAGACGCCCCUUCAGAGUGAGAAGAAGCGGCGCUGCCAGUGCAAGGCCUUCUCUCCGGUGCCUGUGGCACAAGAGCUACUGGGCCUUCGCAAGUCGAUGAGCCUUCUGGAGUCCGCGAUGAUUGCGUGGUCCAAAUACGUGCCAGUGAUUUUGCUGAAGCAGGUGAUGAAUGCCGGGGUGGAAGCGAACAUUGGAUGCAUCCCUUCCCGGGUGAGCAUCUUCUUCUGUGACAUCAAGGGCUUCAAGGACACUUGCAAGGGCAAGACUCCGAAGGAGGUCCUCGAGUUGUUGGAUGUGGUCCUGGAGGGCGUGAACCAGGCGCUGGAGCAGAACGGCGGCACCUUGCUGGAGUUCAUCGGGGACGAGGUUUUGGCCGUUUUUAAUGCCCCCAAGAAGAUCGAAAUGCACAACUUGGCCGCGGUGAACGCGGCCUUGGCGGCGAUCGAAAACUCGGCACAGCUCGACGAACCAGUUCGCCUGCAGUGCAGCGUGCACACAGGGGAGGUCCUCGCAGGCAACAUUGGUGCGCCCACGCGGAUGAAAUACGGGCUGUUGGGUGACGGUGUCAACCUGGCCGCCCGGCUGAAGAGCCUGAACACGCGUUACGGCACCCAGCUGCUGGUGAGUUCAGAGACACUUCAGUCCAGCGUCGGCGAGCUCUUCGUUGCCCGAACUGUGGGGAGGCUGAUCCUGAAAGGCCGCACAAGCCCAACGCACACGCUGGAGGUCAUUGGCCGCAAAGGACAAGUUCCGCAGGACUUGGAACAAGCCGCGGAGUUUCACGAAGAAGCCGCAGGGCUCUUCGCGCAGGGCCGCUUCGAAGAAGCCAAGGUCCUCUUUGAACAAGCUAGCCAAGUCUUCGUGCAGUACGACGAGGGCUCUUGUCCACAGGACGACAAGCCCUCGGCUCAUAUGCUGGACUUGUGCAACAUGUACCACAAGAAUCCACCAGACUUGGAGAAGUGGGACGGAUCGGAGCAUCUCAACAAGAAGGCCUGGUCCUGACCGGAGCGAAUGCAUGUUCGACG